GAAAAAAAAACAACCCAUUCUAUUUUCUUCGAAAAUGCAAUGCUUCUGGACCAAGGACCUAUUACAACUGUUUGUUCUGGGCUCAAUAAAUACAGUACACAAUAUUAUUAUAAGUCUACCAGAGACCUCGUUUCGUUGCUAGGUCUCUUGAUUCUACUGUGAAACAGUCUGAGCUAACUCGAUCUACCACUGUGACUUUAGACAGUCUUAAAUGCCAAUCGAAUUUCUUUGACUCAACAACAGCUAGUUGUUCUGAAAUUGCUUUAUUUCAGAAUAAGUGCAAGAUAUAGAUUCGAGCCGUGUUUGUAUGAUAAUAAUUAUGCUUUGUUAUAAAAUUAAAUAUAUCAUUUCUAAAGAGUGAACGAGAAAAAAGCGAAAUUAUAAUUUAACGUUAGUUUAGUAGUUUCGUUUUCUGACGAGUCACACUGGUGUUUGCUUUUUUUUUUUUUAGCGAGUUGACUGGUAUAAAACUGGACCUUCUGCCGGCAAAAGUUGCUCUCUCUCUCUCUCAAUCAGGGAAACUCAACAACAAACUGGUUGCUGCAUCCGUGAUUGUGCUUCGUCACUGAACUUUAAGAGUCUUACUUAGAUCUAGAUCUAGAUCUAGCCGCAAGAAAACAUGGCCUCCCCGAUUAUUAAAGUGUUAGAUACAGAAAGCGAUGUCUCCAAGCAGCUAUGCCAACUUGUCAUCACAAGAGCGAACUUAGCCGUGAAGGAAAAAGGCAUUUUCACCAUCGGCUUAUCAGGAGGGAGUGCUGCGAAGAUGCUUUGUGCUGCCCUGCCAGAGGCUACGACAGAUUGGUCAAAGUGGCGUGUUUUCUUUUGUGAUGAGCGACAUGUGCCAUUUGAUAAUCCAGAGUGUACCUUCUCUUUCUACAAGAACAAUUUGAUGUCGAAAGUCCCUCUGUCUGAUGAGCAUAUUUUCCCACUGAACCCAAAUGUGACAGUUGCUGAAGCGGCGGAUCUAUAUAUUGAGAAACUCCGCAGUGUGUUCCCGGGCAAUUCUCUGCCUAGGUUUGACCUACUGGUUCUGGGUAUGGGCCCGGACGGUCACACUUGUAGCCUGUUCCCAGGCCACCCCCUCCUCAAUGAGACCAGCAGGAUUACAGCGGCCAUUAGCGACUCUCCCAAACCCCCACCGUGUCGAGUGACCUUGACCUACCCAGUGAUUAACAACGCUGCUUGUGCCGUGUUCGCUUCCUGUGGCGCUGCCAAAGCAGACAUCGUACAGCAAGUUCUGGAGGGAAAAUCAGAAGAGCCUCUGCCUGCUGCAAGAGUGAAGCCCACCAACGGAGAAGUGAUCUGGAUCUUGGACAAAGGUGCAGCUGCAAAACUCACGUCUGCCAACCAAAAGCUGUGAUGUCAAAAUGAGGCUUGGUUCUUUUAUUAUUUUUUUUCUUCUGUUUUUUUAAAACCAUUUUAUUGGAAGAUUUUGCAUCAUGUCAUUGACAGAUUUUCUUUCUUUUUUUUGUUGACAAUGUCGUAUAUUUUUUUUCAACAAAAAAAUGAGGGACCAUUUUCGAGAAAGUUUUGUGCUAGAACUAGUAACACUGUUUAUAUAUAUGCUGUUCAGCAAAACUUCUUUCGCCAAUGGCUGAAGAUGUGCAACUGAACUGUCAAAAGUUGAAGAAGCACAAAACCCUUGUAGAGAAAUAAUUGUUUCUAGUUUAUAAUAGAUCUUAUGUUUUUGUCAUUAAUGUUUCUCUUGCACUGUAUGCCAUGGUAGGGAGAUGAAAAGGAGGGGGGGGGGGGGGUGUGUUGAUUAAAAAAAAAGAAAAAAAAAGAAAUAUUGCAGGUGUGGUUUAGGUUUGUAAAUUCCAAAAUCCUUUUAAGAUUGUGUUCUUUCUGAUUGUAUACAACUGUCAUUUUGUUUCCUAUAUUGUGAUAGUAUUGGCUGUUGACUAAUCAUCUUGGGGUAUUUUUUUUCAACAAUUUUGUUUGAUGUAUAUGUAAGACUGUGGAAAACCGUUUUGAAUGAUGAUAAUAAAAAGUAUGAGAAAAGUAA